AUGACACCGUGCCGAGCCCCGCGCUGGACUGGCUCGGGACCCUGGUGGUGGGCCCGCACGGGCGCCUCGGGCCCCUCCAAGCCCCUCCACCGACCAGUCCGAGGAGCAGCGCGACCUCACAAUGUACCAGAAGCGACGCCCCUCUCCGGGCCCUGCCACACGCAGUCCGGGCCGCAUCGGCGACGAGACCGGCUCAAUAAAAGGAGACACCCGCCCCCUCCGCCGCUCAGAGAAAGAACCCUUCACUUUUCUCACCCGGUCCCGCACCCAGACUGCAGCCGCGGAAAGUGGACGGGAUCCGGACGGAAGCUGCUGGGACGCCAGCCGGAAGUCGCCGGGGGCGCCAGCGGACUAUUGAACUACCCUUCCCUUGAGGCUUCGCGGCGCCGAGCGGCUGCUUCGCGCAGGCGCGCGCCCGGCGUGCGUGACGACGUCACCGGUUCUAGAACGUUGCUGUGUGGAUCAUGCCCAGGGCGGCAGCGGCGGCGGUUGCGGGGGGGAAGUGACUGGGCGGUGCCGGCGCAGGAGACGAUGCCGUUUCCAGUUACAACACAGGGAUCACAGCCGACACAGCCUCCACAGAAGCACUAUGGCAUUACCUCUCCCAUCAGCUUAGCGGCGCCCAAGGAGACUGACUGCCUGCUCACACAGAGGCUCGUGGAGACUCUGAAGCCCUUUGGGGUUUUUGAAGAGGAAGAGGAACUGCAGCGCAGGAUUUUAAUUUUGGGAAAAUUAAAUAACCUGGUAAAAGAGUGGAUACGAGAAAUCAGUGAAAGCAAGAAUCUUCCACAAUCUGUAAUUGAAAAUGUUGGUGGGAAAAUUUUUACAUUUGGAUCUUAUAGAUUAGGAGUACAUACAAAAGGUGCUGAUAUUGAUGCAUUGUGUGUUGCACCAAGACAUGUUGAUCGAAGUGAUUUUUUCACCUCCUUCUAUGAUAAGUUGAAAUUACAGGAAGAAGUAAAAGAUUUAAGAGCUGUUGAAGAGGCAUUUGUACCAGUUAUCAAACUGUGUUUUGAUGGGAUAGAGAUUGAUAUUUUGUUUGCAAGAUUAGCACUGCAGACUAUUCCAGAAGACUUGGACUUAAGAGAUGACAGUCUGCUUAAAAAUUUAGAUAUUAGAUGUAUAAGAAGUCUUAACGGUUGCAGGGUAACCGAUGAAAUUUUACAUCUAGUACCAAACAUUGACAACUUCAGGUUAACCCUGAGAGCUAUCAAACUGUGGGCCAAACGCCACAACAUCUAUUCCAAUAUAUUAGGUUUCCUCGGUGGUGUUUCCUGGGCUAUGCUAGUAGCAAGAACUUGCCAGCUUUAUCCAAAUGCAAUAGCGUCAACUCUUGUACAUAAAUUUUUCUUGGUAUUUUCUAAAUGGGAAUGGCCAAAUCCAGUCCUAUUGAAACAGCCUGAAGAAUGCAAUCUUAAUUUGCCUGUGUGGGACCCAAGGGUAAACCCCAGUGAUAGGUACCAUCUUAUGCCUAUAAUUACACCAGCAUACCCACAACAGAACUCCACGUACAAUGUGUCCGUUUCAACACGGAUGGUCAUGGUUGAGGAGUUUAAACAAGGUCUUGCUAUCACAGAUGAAAUUUUGCUGAGUAAGGCAGAGUGGUCCAAACUUUUUGAAGCUCCAAACUUCUUUCAAAAGUACAAGCAUUAUAUUGUACUUCUAGCAAGUGCACCAACUGAAAAACAACGCCUAGAAUGGGUGGGCUUGGUGGAAUCAAAAAUCCGAAUCCUGGUUGGAAGUUUGGAGAAGAAUGAGUUUAUUACACUGGCUCAUGUGAAUCCCCAGUCAUUUCCAGCACCCAAAGAAAAUCCCGACAAGGAAGAAUUUCGCACGAUGUGGGUGAUUGGGUUAGUGUUUAAAAAAACAGAAAAUUCUGAAAAUCUCAGUGUUGAUCUCACCUAUGAUAUUCAGUCUUUCACAGAUACAGUUUAUAGGCAAGCAAUAAACAGCAAGAUGUUUGAGGUGGACAUGAAAAUUGCUGCAAUGCAUGUAAAAAGAAAGCAACUCCAUCAGCUACUACCUAGUCAUGUGCUUCAGAAAAAGAAAAAGCAUUCAACAGAAGGCGUCAAGUUGACACCUCUGAAUGACAGCAGCCUCGACUUGUCUAUGGACAGUGAUAACAGCAUGUCUGUGCCUUCACCUACUAGUGCUAUGAAGACCAGUCCAUUGAACAGUUCUGGCAGCUCUCAGGGCAGAAACAGUCCUGCUCCAGCUGUAACAGCAGCAUCUGUGACCAACAUACAGGCUACUGAAGUUUCUGUGCCACAAGUAAAUUCCAGUGAAAGCUCAGGGGGUACAUCGAGUGAAAGCAUUCCUCAAACUGCCACACAACCAGCCAUUUCAUCACCACCAAAGCCUACGGUCUCCAGAGUUGUUUCCUCAACACGUCUGGUAAACCCACCACCGAGACCUUCAGGAAAUGCAGCAGCAAAGAUAGCUAAUCCUUUAGUAGGAGUCAAGAGGACAUCCUCACCUCAUAAAGACGAGAGCCCCAAGAAAACCAAAACAGAAGAGGAUGAAACAAGUGAAGAUGCUAACUGUCUUGCUUUGAGUGGACAUGAUAAAACAGAAACAAAGGAACAACUUGAUACAGAGACAAGUACAACUCAAUCAGAAACCAUUCAGACAGCGACUUCUCUGUUGGCCUCUCAGAAAACAUCCAGUACAGACCUUUCUGAUAUCCCUGCUCUCCCUGCAAACCCUAUUCCUGUUAUCAAGAAUUCAAUAAAACUGAGAUUGAAUCGGUAA